AUGGACUCAUCAUUUCCAGGCCGUCAUGAAACUACCACAAAACAAAAUAUAGACUCAUCAUUUCCAGGCCGUCAUGAAACUACCACAAAACAAAAUAUGGACUCAUCAUUUCCAGGCCAUCAUGAAACUACCACAAAACAAAAUAUGGACUCAUCAUUUCCAGGCCGUCAUGAAACUACCACAAAACAAAAUAUAGACUCAUCAUUUCCAGGCAAUCAUGAAACUACCACAAAACAAAAUAUGGACUCAUCAUUUCCAAGCCAUCGUGAAACUACCACAAUACAAAAUAUAGACUCAUCAUUUCCAGGCAAUCAUGAAACUACCACAAAACAAAAUAUGGACUCAUCAUUUCCAAGCCAUCGUGAAACUACCACAAUACAAAAUAUGGACUCAUGA